UCCGGUCACAUGCUAGUCAAGCUGGAUCACCUGACAUCAUCCAGCUUCUCCUUUUGAUGCUGUGUCUGCUCCAUCGACUCAGGGAUUCUUCAAACAGUAUUAUUUCGUUCGCUUAACUUUUCUGGCGUCAAAUUGUAUAUUUGAGCCGAGGAUAUCUCUCUGAUCCUGCAGGUUAGAGCACCGGGUAGAUGCUGCUAGAGUGCAUGAUGAACGGACACGCUAUUCUGUAUACGGGGGUCACUGUGGCCUUCUGGAGCACCAUACUAAUCGUCGGUAUCUGCUAUACCAUAUUUGACCUUGGAUUCCGCUUUGAUGUGGCAUGGUUCCUCACAGAGACUUCUCCUUUCAUGUGGGCCAAUCUUGGCAUUGGCUUGGCCAUCUCUCUGUCUGUUGUGGGAGCAGCCUGGGGGAUCUACAUCACCGGCUCAAGCAUCAUUGGUGGUGGUGUCAAGGCCCCUCGAAUUAAAACCAAGAAUUUGGUCAGCAUCAUCUUCUGUGAAGCUGUAGCAAUCUAUGGGAUCAUCAUGGCAAUAGUAAUCAGCAACAUGGCAGAGAGCUUCAGCGGAACAACUCCUGAGACCAUCGGGGCAAGGAACUACCAGGCUGGUUACUCUAUGUUCGGAGCCGGUCUGACUGUGGGAUUCUCCAACCUCUUCUGUGGCAUCUGUGUCGGCAUCGUUGGCAGCGGAGCAGCACUGGCAGACGCCCAGAACGCCAGCCUCUUUGUGAAGAUCCUCAUUGUGGAAAUCUUUGGCAGUGCAAUUGGCCUGUUUGGUGUCAUUGUAGCCAUUCUGCAGACAUCGAAAGUAAAGAUGGGUGACUAGAGGAUGCAUUCCCAUGCUGAGAAGACGAAAUGACACUGCUGGAAAAUAAGAUGGAUUAUUGUGUAAAUACAUCGUAAAUUAUUUAAAUGUCUCUAUUUGCCUGGUAUUGUUUUUAACCAUCAUUUAUGCAAGAGUGGUACAUCCACAACCAACUGUCUUGUCUUGAGGGAUACAUCAAUGUUGAAAUAGGAAAAGGGAAGGAAAAAAUCCUGAGAUGCCAGUGUACCAUGUGCAUUUCUUGAUAUAAAUGAAUCCCUAUAUCCCUCCUUCAGUUCAGCUUGAUGAGUAGUGCAAGCAGAAUGUAAAUGAAUUGUAGGAUUUGACAUCUGUUUCCUAACAUCAGCCUGUCUGUAUAGACUUGACAGCUGUAAAUACAACUUGCAGCCUUAUUACAUUAAAGUCGGGGCAUUUUCACGACAUCCUUUUUCUCGGACCACUCUGAUGAAUAAUGAGUUAAAAACGACACCAGAGUAUUUGAAAAUAUUUGUGUGUGUGUGUGCGUGUGUGUAUGCUGGACAUGUGAUCUUCAUUUUUCCUGUGAAGCAUGAGGGUGUUUACCAUUGUGUGUGUGUAUUACUGUAGCCUGGUCUGUCUUGUUUUCUUUCUUUUUGGUUUUUGUAACUGUUCUUUGCUAAUAAUAAGCAAGUGGACAUUGAUCUACACAGUGGCCCAAAUAUAGUAUUUGUCAGGUCUCUCACUGUAGAAGUGUCAGAGAACCUGAAGUUUCGAAUUGUAGUACUGAUCUGAAAUCAUUAGUAUGGUCACUGAAGAAUGCUCUUAGGGAGGCCGAAUAUAGUAAGAUGACAGUGGCAGACAUGCUCUAAAUAAACAUCCCGUCAUUCAGUUCCCCAAAAUGUUUUUUUUAUUGAAAUAUCUUGUUUUGUCUUGUCUUAACAUGUCUGUUCUAGUCCUACCCAAAUUAUACAUAACAUUCCUUAAAGAAGCUUAAUGUGUUUGCAAAUCUGAGUUUUGCUUGUGAGUAGAGUGCAAUUUGAAUGACAAAAUAGGACCCUUGCUGCAUCACAACAAAGCCAUCUCUAAAUCUGUCAUCUAAAUGUUCCUGUACAAAACGUACAGCUGUCCAGUGUUAAAGCUGUUUCCUAUUGACAAUUAAAGUUUCCUCUGCCUUUGACUGACCGAAGAAUAAAGUUGAUGUCGACAGAGUGCAACAUGUUUGUAUGGAAACACGUUGGGUAACACUGUUUUUCUUUAUGCAUUACUCCAUUCGUAUAGAUGACAGACCAUGGAUUAUUGGAAGUUGUCUCAAAUCUUUCCUGUAAUUUUCCUCCUCUGAAUUUUGACAUUGGUAAAUUGGAUUAUCUUUAACAUAUCUUGGCCUGGCCUCCCAAAGGUGUCAAAGCAGAACAAUUGUCUUUGCCCUGAUGAUAGAUUUGUGAUUAAAGAAUAGCGUUCCUUUGGUAAACCAGGCCCUGUACCAAACCCCAGGCUUUCAGUGAGUGUAGUUGGUACCGUGUGUGCAUUAUGUUGAUGUGAUGGUGAUCAGAAAAUAAAGUCAUUGUUUUUGACAUUGUGUAUAAUAACAAAAGUACAGACCUCCCUUCUGGCUUCAUAAAUGUCACUGAGAAAAUAAAAUUGUCCAAUCAA